AUGUCUGAAGAUAUGCCCUCAUCCUGGAGAUAUUUGACGUCGGCAGGAAACCGCAUAUCAUCCUUCAAAGGUUAUCUCUCUGGUCGCGAGCCGGGCGCGGGCUGGAGAUCAGGGAGAACCACGCCAAAUGCAUCGCAAGCCCCGCGCGACGAGCCCAGACAGAGUUGGAGGGCUUGGGCAGGCCAAAAGAUCAGGGUUCGAAGGAGGGGGCAGUAUGAUGCCACGGAGAGUAAUGAAUUAAUCAACAUCUUUCCUGGUUGGGCGGCCAGGCGGUAUGCAUCUCAACAAGAUGAAUACGGUAGGGGACCUCGACCAUUCGAACUGGAGGUUUUCGUAUCAGGAUACGCUAUUAGCUAUAGAUCCCCUGAGAACGCUAGCCGUUCUCAACGCGCAUUUAUUCGAUUGGCUAAAGGAUUUGCUUCAUUGCCAAAAAUUGUGGACAGCGCUGCGGAUGUCCGCCCGAAUUCCUCAUCUUUCGCGCAGUUAACCCCGUCCACAGAAGCAUUGCUUGCCCAAGUUAAACUUCCACCCCGCCCUACGGAUAUCGCAGACGAUUAUGAUAUUGACGCCCUGGAGCGCCAGCUUAGACUCGCCAAAACGACAGACGACCCGCUUAAAGACGACUCGGCGUCACUUUCGUCUUCUUCUUCCGCCUCGUCCUCAACCAAUGACUUACCUUCCACGGGACGAGAGACAGCUGACAGCGUCGUGAACUCUGUGGCGGAGAAUACUGCAGACGUUAUCAAGCGAUUGCACGCCAAUCUCGAGCGACGUUUGCAACCGUUUUGGUCCUCUACGCUUCCCAACCGCGUCGUUCGACUCCACCUUUUCUCUGCGCCCCACAAUGAUAGCUCAUCGACGUCGGUGGGCCCUGGGAACACUGAUGAUGUUGACGAGUUGGCGACAGAUGCUCAAAAUGGGCCUCUUGCGUCACAGGACGUGAUGACUGGUGUUGAUGGGAGCUUUCAGGUUAAAUUCAAUAUUCCUUGGGAGGACUUAUGUCAUCACCCACGCGCCCUACACAUCGCGUUUGGUGAGGCUGAGGUAGAGCAUGAAUUACUGAUCGUUGCCCAACUAUUGCCAUUGAAUCCAUCCUCGUCGUCGCUUUCGGUCGACAGUUCACCAACAUCUACUCCACUGACUUCGCUGACGCGGAUCCCAGUAACAUAUUCGCCUAUACGAGUGAUUUCGGACAUCGACGAUACAGUCAAGUUUUCAGGCGUGCUUUCCGGUGCAAGGGCGGUCUUUCAUAAUGUUUUUGUGAAGGAUUUAAGAGACAAUGUCAUCCCUGGCAUGGGAGAGUGGUACGCUGCCAUGUGGAGCCGUGGUGUGCGAUUUCAUUACGUUUCAAAUGGUCCUUUUGAGAUUCUCCCUGUCCUCAAUGAAUUCUUCGAAGUGUCGCAACUACCCCCUGGUUCAAUUAAACUAAAAUCCUACGCGGGUCGCUCGCUGUUUACUGGCCUUCUUUCGGCACCAGCAGCACGCAAACGUGCGGGAAUUGUCGACAUUCUGGACUCUUUCCCUGAUUCGCGAUUCUUCUUGAUUGGAGACUCCGGUGAACAAGAUUUGGAAUUAUACGCCGAUAUUGCACGAGAACGGCCUGAUCGCAUCCUAGCUGUGUUCGUACGCGAUGCCGAUGCAAACACAUUUGGCGGUCCUCCGGCUCUUGAGGACCCAACUGGCUGGAAAGCUAUGGGUGCUGCGGGUACGAGGCCAAUAGAGAGGCCACUUGUUUCAAGGAGCGAAAGCGGCAUGACGAAUGGUUCUUUUUCUCCAUCAAUAUCAUCAUACUCAAAGUAUAGCAGUUUCUUCUCCUCUAAUUCUGGAAGCUCUACCCCCAAUGUUCGGACGGGCGAUGCCAACGAAACCCCACGACCGAACACUUUUGGAUUUGAUAGUGGUCGACAACCAUCAACGUCUGCUAGUGUUGACGACAAAGCGCUGGCUAAAGCAAGAGAUCAGUCAUAUUUAGGCGUUGGUGCACUAACCGCCGAACCGGAGUCUAUGAGAAGCGGUGACGCAGUCACCCCACCGCGUCUGUCUGCAGUCACAGGACCUGCGAUUUAUGUGAAUUCACCAAAUAAUUCUAGUAGAGAGCCACAGGAUGUGAUGCAGUCCCCGGGUAAAUUUGUGGACCAGCCGCCCAAAGCGACACCGCCACCGUCCAUUCGAUCCAGCAUGAGCAGUUUGGGUCCUGCUUCCGCCGCUGCAUCAUUCCGCUCGCAGCGUACUGGCUCGUCGACGUCGUCUGGGAGCUCAAAUACCACUGGAAAACGGAUAAGCUCGAUCUCGGAAGCAGAGAAGAAGAGGAACGAUCUCCAGAUGAGAGUGUAUAGAGCGAGGACGCAGAUGCCGAGUCAUAUACCACUGAGGAUAUUUAGAGAUCCGAGCGAGUGUGUUGAGGCACAGGAGAUUCUGGACCAAGAGCGGUGA